AUGUUAUUGCUUUCUUUCCUUUCUUUCUCUCUUUCUUUUCUUUCCUUACUUUCCUCCCCUCUCUCCAUUUCUUUCUUUCAUUCCUUCCCUCCCUUUCUUUCUUUCCUUCCUUCCCUCCCUCUCUUUCUUUCCUUUCUUUCCUUUCUUCCUUCCCUCUCUUUCUUUUUCCUUUCUUCCUUCCCUCUCUUUCUUUUUUCCUUUCUUCCUUCCCUCUCUUUCUUUCUUCCUUUCUUCCUUCCCUCUCUUUCUUUCUUCCUUCCCUCUCUUUCUUUCUUCCUUCCCUCUCUUUCUUUCUUCCUUCCCUCUCUUUCUUCUUCUUCCUUCCCUUUCUUUCUUUUUCCUUCCUUUCUUUCUUUUUUCCUUUCCUUUCUUCCUUCCCUUUCUUUCUUUUUUCCUUUCCUUUCUUCCUUCCCUUUCUUUCUUUUUUCCUUUCUUCCUUCCCUUUCUUUCUUUUUUCCUUUCUUCCUUCCCUUUCUUUCUUUUUUCCUUUCUUCCUUCCCUUUCUUUCUUUUUUCCGUUCUUCCUUCCCUUUCUUUCUUUUUUCCUUUCUUACUUCCCUUUCUUUCUUUUUUCCUUUCUUACUUCCCUUUCUUUCUUUUUUCCUUUCUUCCCUCCCUCUCUUUCUUUCCUUUCUUCCCUCCCUCUCUUUCUUUCCUUUCUUCCCUCCCUCUCUUUCUUUCCUUUCUUCCCUCCCUCUCUUUCUUUCUUUCCUUUUUUCCCUCCCUUUCUUACUUUCUUUCCUUUCUUCCCUCCCUUUCUUACUUUCUUUCCUUUCUUCCUUCCCUUUCUUUCUUUUUUCCUUUCUUCCUUCCCUUUCUUCCUUCCCUUUCUUUCUUUUUUCCUUUCUUCCUUCCCUUUCUUUCUUUUUUCCUUUCUUCCUUCCCUUUCUUUCUUUUUUCCUUUCUUCCCUCCCUUUCUUUCUUUCCUUUCUUCCCACUCUCUCUUUCUUUCCUUUCUUCCCACCCUUUCUUUCCUUCCCUCCCUUCUUUCUUCCUCCCUCCCUUUCUUCCCUCCUUUCUUUCCACUCUUUCUUUCCUUUCUUCCCUCCCUCCCUUUCUUUCUUUCCUUUCUUUCUUUCUUUCCUUUCUUCCCUCCUUUCUUUCCUUUCUUCCCUCCCUUUCUUUCCUUUCUUCCCUCCCUUUCUUUCCUUUCUUCCCUCCCUUUCUUUCCUUUCUUCCCUCCCUUUCUUUCCUUUCUUCCCUCCCUUUUUUAUUUCUUUUCCUCACUUUCUUUAUUUCUUUCUUUUCUUCUCUCCUCUUCAUUCUUCCCUCCUGCCAUUUCUUUCUUUCCUUUUUUUUCUUCCUUCCCUUCCCUUUCUUCCUCUUCCAAAAAUCAAACUGCACCUCUGAUAUAUCUUUCUCUUUUUUUCUCUAUCUUUUACUGAAAUGUAGUGCUCCAAUUUUCUCUCUCUCUCUCUCUGACCAACUUAUAGUGCUCCAGUCCUUUUUGUUUCUCUCUCUCUCUCUAACAGCUCUAAUUCUCAUUCUCUCUCUCUCUCUCUCUCUCUCUCUCUCUAAUGAACUUAUAGUGAUCCAGUCCUUUUUGUAUCUGUCUUUUUCUCCCCAACCAACUUGGCAUAUUCCAAUUCUCUCUCUCUCUCUCUCUAACAGACUUGUCAUGCUCUAUUCUCAUUCUCUCUCUCUAACAGACUUGUCAUGCUCUAGUUCUCAUUCUCUCUCUCUCUCUCUAACAGACUUGUCAUGCUCUAUUCUCAUUCUCUCUCUCUCUAACAGACUUGUCAUGCUCUCGUUCUCAUUCUCUCUCUCUAACCAACUUAUAGUGCUCUCGUUCUCAUUCUCUCUCUCUCUAACCAACUUAUAG